AUGGCUACGCCAAAUCAAGAGAUUAUAGAUACUUUUAUCAGCAUCACCGGCGUGUCCCCACCGGUGGCACUGCAAAAACUCCAGGAGCAUGGUGGUAGUCUUAAUGAAGCUGUAAAUGCAUUUUUUAGCGAAGGAGAUAGAAAUUUGAUGACCAGCUCUGCCACAUUUCCUCAAGGGGAUUUCAUGGACAUAGAUGAUGAUCCACGUGAUGAUGGAAUUCUUAGACCUCCAUCUCUUCUAUCUGCAGCCAGAAAUCUCCAUCCAUUUUCUCUUCUUGAUCCUACAAUUGGUAGAAGUAUAUUUGAUACUCAUCUCAGUUCUUCAAAUCAGACGCCAUUUGUUACACAUCCAAGAGAGGUAAGGGAGAUUCCGAUAGAGGUUAAGGAUGGUAGUCAAUCCACUCCUCAAGCUGGCCGCACUCCAAUCGUUGAAGAUGUCACUGGAACUGUUCAUGCCCAAGGUUCGGAUAUACAUGGGAGUGUCGUAAUAGUUGACGAUGAUGACGACGAUACUCCACCUGCUCCGACUCAUACUUUGCCUGACAGUAGUGUGAUACCUAGUGCUCCCAACUUUGAGAAUUUACCCGAUAGUAGCAAUGACAUAGAAGAAGAAAUGAUCCGUGCAGCCAUUGAGGCAUCCAAACGGGAGGCUGAGGAAAAUUACAGCAAUCACGAACUUGGCAGACAAGCUGACUUAAGUGAAUCUGGGCCUAACCCAAGGCAAACAUUUUUGGAGGAUCCUGAGCUUGCCCAUGCAGUUUCAUUGUCCUUAAAGACAGCAGAGCAAGAAAAAGCAAGACGUGUACAAGGUGAUGUUGGAGCACCUACAGCAGGACCAUCUAAAGCACCGGCGGUUGAAUUAGGGGAAGUAUCUUCAAAUGGAAGAUUGCAGGCAGGAAGCUUAUCCUUUAAAGAUGAAGAUGAAGAUGAAGAUGUAGAUGUAGAGGAGAUGCCUUUGGUUAGGAACAGGUCUAGAAAUGUAUCACUCGGUUCCACAGCACCGGGCAAAGAUGCUGACUUUAUCGGAUCUAGCACACUGCCAAGCACAACACUUCGGGAAAGCAGCAGUCCUCCUCCGCAAAAUGAGGUUUCCUUUCCCUCAGAUGAAUGGGGUGGCAUUUCUUCAGUGGAACAUGAUGAAGCAGUAAUGCUUGAGGCUGCAAUGUUUGGUGGAAUCCCGGAAGGAAGUGGUUAUCGCCAUGCUUAUGCACCACACGAGUUCAUGCAGAAUAGGGGUUUCAAUCCUCAGCCUGCACCUGUUGCUUAUCGCCCACCUUCACCAUCAUUGGAGACUCAACGCUUGAUAAGGGAACAACAGGAUGAUGAAUACCUUGCAUCGUUACAAGCAGACAGAGAAAAAGAGUUGAAAGCCAUAGAGGAAGCUGAGGCUGCUCGCGAAGAGGAAAGACGGAAGGCAGAAGAAUCUCAAAGGAAGUUGCAGGAAGAGCAGGAAUUGGAAACACAUUUAGCUGCCAAAGAGGCCUCUCUACCACCUGAACCAGCCUCAGGUGAUGAUAAUGCUGUGAAUCUGCUGGUAAAAAUGCCAGAUGGCAGCCGUCGGGGACGUCGAUUCCUAAGAUCGGACAAGCUCCAGUCUCUUUUCGACUUCAUUGAUAUUGGCAGACAAGUUAAACCAAGCAGUUAUAGACUGGUGAGACCAUAUCCCAGGCGUGCCUUUGGCGUUGGAGAAAAUGCUGUGACGCUGGAAGAGCUUGGCUUAACCAACAAGCAAGAGGCUUUAUUUUUGGAGUUAGUCUGA